GCUGGAGAGGGAGCCGCGGGGCGAGCGCAGGAUGAGCGAGAGGGGCAGGAGCAGCCGCCAGCGCCAGCGGACGCGCCCCCCGAGCCGCCUGCCCGCCCCGUGCUCCCCGAGCCCCCCGCGGCCGGGCCGGCCGGCCGGGUGGGCGCGUCUCCUUUCGGGGCUCGCCUGGGCGACCCCCUUGGCCAUGCCAGGCCAGCGCUGAGCCCUGUGGGGCGGGGUGGCGGCCGGAGCGGGAGCCGGGCCGGGCCGGGGCCCCCCGGCGACGGGGCCACCCGACGGCGUAGGCUGGCGCCCCCCGGCCUGGCGCUGGGCCCCGGGGCCAUGGCGUUCACCUUCGCCGCGUUCUGCUACAUGCUGACGCUGGUGCUGUGCGCAUCCCUCAUCUUCUUUGUCAUCUGGCACAUCAUCGCCUUUGACGAACUGAGGACCGACUUCAAGAACCCCAUAGAUCAGGGCAACCCGGCGAGGGCACGAGAGCGUUUGAAAAACAUUGAGCGGAUCUGCUGCCUCUUAAGGAAGCUCGUGGUCCCCGAGUAUUCCAUCCACGGCCUCUUCUGCCUGAUGUUCCUGUGCGCCGCGGAGUGGGUGACGCUGGGCCUCAACAUCCCCCUCCUCUUCUACCACUUAUGGAGGUACUUCCACCGCCCGGCAGACGGCUCCGAGGUCAUGUACGACGCCGUCUCCAUCAUGAACGCGGACAUCCUCAACUACUGUCAGAAGGAGUCCUGGUGCAAACUCGCCUUCUACCUGCUCUCCUUCUUCUAUUACCUGUACAGUAUGGUUUAUACGUUGGUGAGUUUCUAAAGGGGGAAGCCGGCCAGGGAAUGAACCCCGAGAACGGACCGGACGCCUGUGGACCCCCAUCCCCGCGCCCCUUUCGGACAGCGGAGAAGAGCCACUCCCCGCCCCGCCCUCCCUUCGAAGCCUCCGCUCCGGGCGCCGGGGCCUCCCCAGCCCCUGUCCCCCAAAUUGCUGCUAUGGGAUGGCCCAGCCCCGCAGAGGCAGCCGGCGCCCCUUUGGGCCCCAAGCCCCUCCUCUGAGAACCUAGUGCUCGGGUGAGGCCGGGCCGGGGCGCUGGGGAGGGGGAUCUGGGUCCCCCCCACUGCCCCUUCCCAGCGACCCCAGGGCGCCCGCCGGGUUCGCAGAACUGGCCCGAGAGGCAGGGCCCCGGGGAGGGGAGGGGCGUGAGCAGGCUCAGCCGGGGGCUCCCCCUCAGCCCCACCUCCCGCUCCCUGCUCUCCCUCUGCCCUGCCCCCUCCCGCCUUUUCUGGGCUUUCUUCUUCGUGUCCUUCCCCUCUGCUGUCCCAUCUCCCCGUGCGCUGCCCGGAGGAGUCUGUGUAAAACCCGAGUCUCUCCAGGCCAGUCCCGGCCAUUUGUGAUCGAAUAAACAAUUGCAAAAGA